GUUCAGAGACAUAUUAACAGAGGAGGAAACAGUAGCAUUUGAGGAAGAUUUAGGAGAGGUAUCGUUUUACGUGUUUCAAGGGAUAACCAACCGGACCAAACACUGCCGUCUAAAAUGUCUCGAUUUUACAGAUAUAAUGCUUAGUCGCAUAUUCACAAAACUUAUCAUACAAACCUGGCCACUGUUGUCAUUGAAGAAAUCUCAGAUGAAACCAAAAGUACUGGCUAAGACUAUAGCACGGGUUGCAGGGAUAAACAGUAAUACAAAGGGUGCAGACAAAAUGAAACUAACGUCAGAGAUAAUACCAAAGAUACUGGCUGAGAGGUUGACGCAUGAGGUCAUUGUGACAUCGGACAGAAUUGUGCUACCUCGAGGUCAAAGAUUGGAAGUUAAGAUAGACAAUUGUCAUUUUACAUCCAACAACAUGUUCUUCAUGGAUUACAUGAUAUGUAACUGUCUGCGUUCUAUAACACCAGUAUAUGUGACAGUCUCCAAUAUUCACAUCAAAUCAGAGUUGAUGGAAGGGGAUGGUUUCACAGAUUCUCUCGUGCCAUUUCUUGUUCUAAGAGGUCAAGAUACAGAGUUAUUAGAUGGAUUGUCAUUGAGGCAGCUGGAAGAAGGAAUUCUACACGUCAUCUCCCCGGACAUCAUGAAAUUCACCAAUCUUCAAAGUUUGGAUAUCCAAGACUGUAAUCUCUACCUUCAGGAGGGAAUAACUCGUAGUCGCACAGCUACUCGGUCACGACUUUGCAAUAUGUUCUCAGCAUUCCAUCAUUUACAUCGACUGGACAUCAGUUUUAACUUUCUCAUCGGUUGUCUAGGCGAGUUGCUGGACGCAUUACAAAACCCAUUAGACUACCUCAGUGUUCGCGGCUGUGAUCUUAACGAGACCGAUCUCAACAAUUUAGCCAAAUCAAAACAUGCGCCUCAUCUGCGAGAACUAAAUAUGUCAAAACUGUGCAGUUUCUCAAUGUACGAAAGUGAUAGAAUAGCUCCUCUGCGUAUUUUGAAAACGAUGAAACAUUUUCCGAAAAUGACCGUGCUUAACCUUUCGCAGAACCACCUUCCGGAUGACGGUAUUAGAGAAUUUACAGAGAUUUUAUCGAAAGAUCUUGCACAUUUGAAAGUGCUAGAUAUCUCGGGUAAUAUUAUGCAAUUUGAAAGUCAACUCCAACUGGCAAAGGCGUGUGCGGAAAUUCCCAAAAUGCAAUUGGUGCGUCUGACCUGUAUGAAUAGUGCAGUGAAUGACGAUAUAUUUAUGAAUAAUCAUCAGAUUGACGGAAUGUACAACAAACUGAUAGAAGUUAUGAAAUCUCGAGGUAGAGACGAUAUUCAUAUCGAUGUUGUUCAGUUAUCGGUAGGGAUACUAGUCGACUGGUUUGAUUUCAUAAAUGAUUGACAAGAUGCGUGGAUUGAUGUUGGAUAGAUGGGACAAUAAAAACGAUCUGCCUACAGAAGCACUAUGUGAUUUAGAGGCAACAUUUUAUAGAUUUGUGAAUGCCAAACCAAGAUGACUUGUAUUUUAGAAACUUAAGUGUUAACGGGAUAAUCUACAGCUGCAUAUGUCUUGAAUUGAAAUUUUCUUUCAUUCACUACAGUUCAUUGUCUGCCUGUUCAGAUUUUUUUUUUGGGGAAGGUUAUAAAAGCAAGUUGUUUUUUUGUGUAACUGAGCCUUGACAAAUGAAAAAUUGUGAAUUUUAAGUUAUACAAAUGAACAGCAUUUUUAGAAAACUAAGAAAUUUAAGCAUUGUAAAUUGUUACCUGUUUGGGACCUGUGAUUAAUAUGACUUUUGAGUCUUAAGUAACUGCUACCGUAUGUUUUUUCAUUUAUGUACAAAAUAUUUUGAAAUAGCAUUUAACGUUAAAAAGAAAUAUAUUUUCUAUAUUAUGUUCAACAAAAUAACAGACUGUAUUGAAAUGUUUGACUAAAACACAUUUGAUAAAGUGUACAGUUGGAAACUACGAGAUUUUAUGGUGUUUUAUGUGUCAUUUCAAAUGAAAAGUAUGUGAAAAAAUAAUUGUAUAGCUUUUCAUUUAAGAUUUUGCCUCCACUUAUGAGUAAAAUAAACAUAGGAAUAGAAAGAAAGGCAAAAUACAUUACAUGUAAAUAGAGUGAUGUUUAUAUAUAGAUGGACAAAAACCAUUUAUAAAUCAGGUAACAGCAUGUAGAACAUCCAAGGUUGUCUGUGGCUGAAUGAUAAGAUUUGCUGACUCAUGACAAAUUGAUCUACACUGCUUUAAGUUUGAACCCCGCCAGGGCAUUUAGGAUUCUUUCAUGUGGGGUAGCUUUCUAGCUUGCUUACAGGAAGUUGGUCAUUCUUGGUGUAUAUACUAAUGCCUGAAAAGCCAGUGAUGAAUGUAGAGGCACCCCAGGUAAUCAUCCAAUAGUAAAUCUAGAAAGUUGCCAUGUGACUUUUACAGUAUUAUUAGAACGACUAAAAUGUUAUUGAAAUGUAAAUACCUAUGUAACAAAUCAGCAACUAUUUGUAAAUAUGUUUAAUAUAUUGUUAUAAAUAUGAUGUUAUAUGUUCAAAUUUCAAAACAGAAAUACAUGAAAGGCAAUAAAGAAAUAUAAAUAGGCCAAAAUAGCUAGCUUACUAUCUACGCAGAGCCAGGCAACAAACUGUUGCCUACAAACUUAAAAUUUUCAUCUUUAUAUCCCCAAACUUGAUAAUGAAUUGUUCCAAAAUCGGGAACUGGAAAUGUUUAUUUAAGAAAUUCUGCAGAUUAAGGUUAAAAUUAAAAAAACUGAAAAGAUGUUGUACAGAAUGUUUUAUUGAUAUAUUUGUGAAGGAAGUACUAACUCAUAAUUUUGGAAGGCUUUUGUUUAAUGUUAUUUUUGAUGAGCUUGCAUACAUAUGUUCAUAUGUUAUAUACACAACAUGUUUCAUAUUGAUUAAAGCCAACGUUUUUCAGGUUA